AGCUCCCGGACCCUGAAGAACCCCCUGAAACUCCUCCAAAUGGGCUGGAACCUAGAUUUAUAACUUCUACCAGAAAGAAACUAAUUCAAAAUAAGUUUAAAAUAGAACUGCGUGACCGUGUAACAGAGUAUGAGAGAAACCAUAAUAUAUCAAGAUUUAUAUUCUCCACCCCGUUCACAACAGUGGAGGGGUCAGCCCAUGGGGAACUCCAGGACCAGUACAAGAGGAAAACUAUUCUAACCACAGUUAAUCACUUCCCAUACAUUAAAACUAGGAUCCAAGUGAUUGACCGGAAGCAGAUAGUGUUGACCCCUAUAGAGGUUGCUAUAGAGGAUAUACAGCUGAAAGUAGCUAAACUUGCUGCUGCUAUUAAGUCCAACGAUCCUAAAAUACUACAGAUGGAACUCCAGGGUAGUAUAGGAACUACAGUCAACCAGGGACCUAUGGAGGUCGCUAGAGUUUUCCUCAGGGAUAUUCUGGAAGGAAAGACUCCGACCAAAUACGAGAACAAGCUUCGUCUCUGCUUUAAGGACCUAUUGAAGAAAUCCGGCGAUGCUUUGAAACGAAAUCGUCAGUUUAUUAAGAAAGAUCAAGAACUCUACCAGAACGAACUAGAAAAUAGUUAUCACCGUUGUAUGGAAUAUUUGAAACCUCUACUCCAUCCUCCACCCUGUCCUGCUAAUCAACAUUUCAGAAGUAUUCCAGAAGCAGCAAUCACCAGUCCUGUUGUGUAAUCAGAAAUUAUCAUUUUGUUAUCAUUCUAAUUUUUUUCUUCUGCAUAAUAUUAAAAUUCAAGUUUUAAUCUUGGUCGGGAAGAUAUUUAAACUAUUUACCAAAAAGUUCCAAUUCUAAACUGGUUCUGAACUAGUUUCAAACUGGAUCUGAACUGGAAAUAACUGGUUCUGAACUUGUAGACCUUUAUUAUCAUUUAUUUUUAACUAUUAAACCCCGCUCAUAUUUG